AUCUCUUCUUUUUUUGUACAUUCUAAGAGUUCAUAAUGGCUGCUUCUACUAUGGCUCUUUCCUCCUCUACUUUCGCCGGUAAGGCGGUGAAACUCUCACCAUCUUCUUCUGAAAUCAGUGGAAAUGGGAGAAUUACAAUGAGGAAGACUGCUGCCAAGCCCAAGCCUGCCUCCUCUGGUAGCCCAUGGUACGGUCCUGACCGUGUUAAGUACUUGGGCCCAUUCUCUGGUGAAUCACCAAGCUAUUUGACUGGUGAGUUCCCUGGUGAUUACGGAUGGGACACUGCUGGGCUUUCAGCUGACCCUGAAACAUUCGCUAAGAACCGUGAGUUGGAGGUUAUUCAUUGCAGAUGGGCCAUGCUUGGUGCUCUUGGAUGUGUUUUCCCCGAGCUUUUGGCACGUAACGGUGUUAAGUUUGGUGAAGCUGUAUGGUUCAAAGCUGGAUCUCAAAUUUUCAGCGAGGGCGGACUUGACUACUUGGGAAACCCUAGUUUGGUUCAUGCACAAAGCAUUUUGGCUAUUUGGGCUUGCCAAGUUGUGUUGAUGGGAGCCGUUGAGGGUUACCGUAUUGCUGGUGGGCCUCUUGGUGAGGUUGUUGAUCCACUUUACCCUGGUGGUAGCUUUGACCCAUUGGGCCUUGCUGAAGACCCAGAGGCUUUUGCUGAGCUCAAAGUGAAGGAGAUCAAGAACGGCAGACUUGCUAUGUUCUCCAUGUUUGGAUUCUUUGUUCAAGCUAUUGUCACUGGAAAGGGUCCAUUGGAGAAUCUUGCCGACCACAUUGCUGACCCAGUUAACAACAACGCCUGGGCCUUUGCCACAAACUUUGUUCCCGGAAAGUGAAGUUUUUGAGAGAAAAAAAUGUUACGUCUAGUAUCUUAUUGUUUGAUGACAAUCAUGUAAACCUAGCAAUUGUAAAUUACUAGAGAUUAUAUAUGAAGUUUUUUGCUAAAA